UCAGAUAAGACCAGAGCCCCUAAAGAGCUAUGCGGACACCAAGGGAGUUUUGGCAGCUCCGGACUGGGCUAACAACAGCGUGCGGUACUGGAGGGAUCAGCACAUGCUCGGCAAGGAGAGGAGUCCAGAGUCACUCCACAAGGCUGCAUGGCAGGCUGCCACCACGGGAGGAAGGACAGUGGCCCCAGGGGGGGCGUCAGCGCAGGAGAACAGCACGCAGGCCCCCCCGGCCCAGGCCACAGCCCGCCCCACCCACAACGACACCAGAGCAGAGGCCAGCGUGGCCACCUCAGCUGAGCCGGCCCCACCGAGGGGUCAGGACAGGAAGGACACCGUGCUGGACACGCCGCCUCCGAGGGCCCAGGACGGGACGGCGGCCUCUGACGGGGCAGAGACACUGUCGCUGAGGAGUCAGGAUGCCAGGACCAUCAAAGGCAGGCAGGACCACAACAAGGAGCCCACAGCCACUAGGCCGGAGCCCCCGAACCCUCAGGGCAAAGUGCAGACCACAGCAAGGACACCCGUGCCGAAAAGUCAGGCCAAGGUGCUGACGAGGCCAGGAGCAGGGUCAACGGAGAGGACAAUGAAAGGAGUGACCACAGCGGUUGUCGCCCACCGGGAGACAGCCCGGGCCACGCCACCCUCCACCCCUUUCCAGAGCCGCAGCACACAGAGGAGUCCAAGUCUGCGGGCCACCAACUUCAAGUCUGAGCCCCGGUGGGACUUUGAGGAACAAUAUAGCUUUGACACGGGAGCCCUAAGAUCGACCUGCCCCGACUCAGUGAAGGUCAAGGCCUCCAAGUCACCCUGGCUCCAGAAACUCUUUCUGGCCAACCUCACCCUCUUCCUGGACUCCAGCCGCUUCAACCAGAGAGAGUGGGAGCGCCUGGAGCACUUCCCACCGCCCUUCGGCUUCAUGGAGCUCAACUACUCCUUGGUGCAGAAGGUGGUGACUCGCUUCCCUCCGGUGCCCCAGCAGCAGCUGCUCCUGGCUAGCCUCCCCGCUGGGAGCUCCCACUGCAUCACCUGUGCCGUGGUGGGCAACGGGGGCAUCCUGAACAACUCCCACAUGGGCCAGGAGAUCGACAACCAUGAUUACGUGUUCCGACUGAGCGGAGCCAUCACUAAGGGCUACGAACAGGAUGUGGGUACCCGGACGUCCUUCUACGGCUUCACUGCCUUCUCCAUAACGCAGUCUCUGCUUGUCUUGGGCCGGCGGGGUUUCCCGCACGUGCCCCUGGGGAAGGAUGUCCGCUACCUGCACUUCCUGGAGGGCACCCGAGACUAUGAGUGGCUGGAAGCGCUGCUUCUGAAUCAGACCCUCGUGAAAAGUAGGCUUUCCUGGUUCAGGCGCAGGCCCCAGGAGGCUUUCCGGGAAAGCUUGCAGCUGGACAGGUACCUGUUGCUGCACCCAGACGUAAUCCGUUACAUGAAGAACAGGUUUCUGAGGUCGAAGACCCUGAACUCUCGCCACUGGAGGAUCUACCGUCCCACCACGGGGGCCCUCCUGCUGCUCACGGCCCUUCAGCUCUGUGACCAGGUGAGCGCCUACGGCUUCAUCACCGAGGGCCACGAGCACUUUUCUGAUCACUACUAUGAUAAGUCCUGGAAACGAACGGUCUUUUACAUCAACCAUGACUUCCCGUUAGAGAGAACACUCUGGAAGCGGCUGCAUGAUGAAGGUGUAAUCCAGCUGUACCAGCGUCCCAUAAUUUCCAAACCAAAGAUGUGACUGGAGCCUGGGCGGCAGCAGUCUCUGUCCGUUUCAAGGCACAGGGCACGGUGGGAGUCUUGAGAUUCUACCACCAUUUUCCCAGGGCUCAGGCCAGGCUCCCGGCCCCUCCAGACUCCCCAGGGAACACUGGCAUCGAGGGGGAGACACUUUCAAGACGGCAAAUGACUGACUGAGGCUUUGGAGACCUUGGAAUGUUGCUUCGGGCUCUGUUCAAAGGAGGGAAGACUCCAGUCUUGAGACCAAGAAAUUUGAACUAAACGGGGUGAUGACCGUUCAAUACCGCAGAUCUCGGCUGAAUAUCACCCUUCACUGUCCAAAAGCUACCUGACACUGGCGGGGAAAAGUCUGAACCUAUAGAGACAUGUCUCUAUUUGGUUUCGAAUUCCAAAUCUUGUACUUAGCAGCUGAGAAAUCUUGAAGGCCUUACUUAAUUUCAUAGAGAUUGUCUAGAGGAACCUUCCUUCGGGGCUUACCUGAUUCUAGAAGGAUCUGCACCUUUGUCUUUGAGCUCUUUGACAACUCUCUGGGUUGCAGAAAACUGAUAGUAAUAAAAAUAAUUCUUGCCCAUGGAGAUGCAAAUAAAUCUUGUACAGUGAAGAUGCAAGUGACGAUUCCCCUGGGGGCAGUGACCUGUUUUGUACAUACAAGCAAAUUCAUGUUAGCGGUUCCGAUUGCCUGUAUGUGCGUCUGUACUCAGGGUUCUCCUUUGAACCAGUUUUUACAUCUUACUGGUUCCUUCAUUCAUUAAUACACUAAAUAAAAUCCUUGACAUGCGUUCAUUUUA